AUGCCUAAUCACGUUCCUCCAACAGGCAUUCGACGCUCGCGCCGAAUCGCAGAAAAGCGUGGAGAUGCUUGCACUGAACAAAGCCCACCACCCAUGCCAUCCGCGCCCCGACUGGAGGCCGAUACACCCCAAUUUGAUGGCCCACGCCCAGCUUGGGUGACGGGCCAAGAUACCCGAUCUGACACACUACCUGCCUCGCCUAAACGAGGUGCGGGUGGAACAGAGUUUGAGCCACGUGUGCUUCCUCCAUUGAGUCAACAUGCCAUCAAGCAUAUGCCGAUGAACAAGGGCACGCUUGGUAUGGGUCUCUCUUUUCCAAAGCACACAAGCAACAAGUCCUUGACUGAUACCACCCAAAGCAAAUCGUCCCGUUCUCCUCGAAAAAGUGUCUCAUUUCACGAAGUAGGAGAGAGGUCCUGUGAAGAUUCGUCCGACUUCGCCGCAACCCCCACCCCCUUAGCGCCGCGUAUUGGCACGCUCGAGUCCGGUCGUUUCUCUCCCCAUUCGCAGCCCGAGAAUGACGGCCUUCUUGUAUCAGAGGAUCAUGAGGAAGCAAAGGUGCCGCCUCGGCAUGUGUCCUCUCGCAUGCAGCACUCUGCAUCAAUACGACGCGAGGCACCUAUUCGGUUGGAUACCAUGCCGUCGGAUGGCGAUGUCAUUGGUCUUGGUAUCGACAUUCCCGAGAUACAAGAUCCUGUGGAAGGAGUUACUGCUUCGAUUAAGGGGAUGUCACUCGAAAAGGCGCCUUUGCGAGAGCGCUCAACGAAUGCUGGACCAAAACGAGUUCCAUUUGGAGAAAAACGCCUCACACAAGAUACCUUGAGAGACAAGAAGAUGCAGUCGAGUUUCAAGAUUUCGAGUCAAAACAAAGCCGAGGCUACAUCAACAGCUUCUACGAGCAAGUUUGUGGACGAAAAUGGACGUCCCAUCUCAUAUACCAUUCCUACGAAGCGAUACAUGCUCCCGUCGUGCCGCAAAGCACGUAGCAGCAUGUCUCAGUCAGCGAUGCAGCGUGAUCGUGUUAUGUUCUCUGUAUCAUACCAACAUGCCCACAAUCGCACAACAACACAACCUUCGAUUCAUAUCAACCAACAUUCUCGGCGAACCUAUGCUCUACGCUAA